AUGUCAGGUAAACAAGCAAUGGAAAGGCACACAAUGCCCUCCACUUCUGCUGCUUCCUCUGAUGCCCUACUUGAAGCUGGUGCGACCGAUGACGAAAUGGAGAUGAAAAUGCUGGAAGAGAGGAUCCAAAGUGACAAAGCUUCAUUGCAACUCUUGAAGGAGAAAAUGAGGCACCAAGCAAAUCCCCAAAAGCAAUGCGAGUUGCAAGAACUAGCACGGAGGAGGAAGGCGAGGCGACUCCACAAUAAGAUUUCGAAUUCCAUGGCAAAACUUGUGCGGGAAGGCCUCGCUCAAGGCUACUGCUUUGGCAUCGUAACAAACGAUGGCAAGUCCAUAGUUGCUUCCUCCGAAAACCUUCGAGAAUGGUGGAAGGAGAAGGUGAAGUUCCUGGAGAAUGCCCCUAGAGCAAUCGAAAAGUUCGAGAAGAGGAGCCCAAUCCUUCUAUCAAGCAGCCACAAUAACUCCGAGAUUUCCGUCCCUGGUGCAUUGAAGCAGCUAACAGAUACCAUACUGAGCGCAGCCAUUUCGGCUCUCAUGCGGCAUUGCGACCCUCCACAGAGAAGAUUCCCGAUAGAGAAGGGUGUUGCACCACCAUGGUGGCCCAGCAUGACGGAAGAAUGGUGGCCUACGCUGGGGUUCCCAGUGGAUCAAUCGCCUCCCCCUUAUAAGAAGCCGCAUGACUUGAAGAAGGGUUGCAAGAUUAGCGUCCUCAUGGCCAUGAUCAUGCACUUAUUUCCUGACACCCAGAGGAUACGUGAGCUUGUGAGCCAAUCAAAAUCCCUUAAAGAUCGGAUGAGCCCGAAAGAAAGCAAGCUGUUCUCCUCUGUGCUUCGUCAGAUAAGGAGACUUCACCAGCCUAUGCAACAAUCUUCGGCUAUUCCUGACGAAGAUGAUGAUGUUGGCUCCAAUAGCAGAGCUGGCCAAUAUGAUGUUGAAGUAGGUGAUGAUGGCUUUGAUGAUGACAUGAUGAGCUCCAGCGCGGUUGGUGGGAAUAUCUUCGAUCUGAAUAAUUCUGGUGGCAUGGAGGGCAUCCCAGUUUCAGUUGCUUUGGAAAGCAACCAACGGAUGGAGUUUGCUCAGCACAGUACUAGUCUGAAUCAUGAUUGGAGAAAUGCUCCACAAAAUACUUGGCCAAGUUGUAAUGUUGUGGCUCAGAAUCCUCAAGUUACUGGCGUAGCUCAAUAUCCUCAGGUUAUUGGGUUAGCUCAUCAGAAUCAAGUUACCGGCGCCGCUCAAUAUCCUCAGAUCACUGGGUUAGCUCAGAACUCUCAAGUUACUGGGUUAAGUCCUCUUGGCUCAGAUUUUGGUCCUGUUGACGUCUCUGGUCUUGGUAAUCCAGGUGAUGAGCAAAGGUUAAUAGGUGGUAUGAUGAGAUUUUCUAGUGAUGAUAUUAAUCAGGGCAGCAACUUGGUGGUUCAACAAGGUCCAGAAACUGUGAGCAAUGACAUGAAUGUUCCUCAGCCAAUAUUUACAAGCAGUCCUGGUAUUUACCAGCUGACAAUUGCUGGAAAUUCGUACUUGUUUCAGCAGAUACCUAGUAUGGAUAUAAGUCCUCUUCAACAACCAACUGGGAUGCAGAGAAGCCACCUUGGACAAGGUGUUGGAUCGAACCACCAGAUGAUUCAAGCUAACAAUCUAAAUCAGCCACAGGUGUACCCAAAUGAAGAUAUAUCUUUUGGACCUAGAUUUGGGACACAGCCUAAUUGUGCGAAUCUUAACCUAGAUCAUGCUACCAUUGCCGGCUCGUCCGCAGUGGAGGACGCCGGUGCUUUCUCUGGCCGAGUCGAGGAGAGGAUGCCGAUGCAAGACAGUUACUCCUGGACAACAAAUUUUGGUUGUUAG